AUGGCCUUUCGACAACGCCUCGCCAAACCCCUCCUCUACACGACAGGAGUCACAGCUAUCGGUGGCGGUCUCCUCUAUUACACCUACCGUCCGCGCAACAUCCCCGGCUCUGACCCCGCCGUCGUCUCUCCCCCAGGUUAUGGCGCCGAGGGUGCAUUCCGGCCCCCUCGUUUCCCGAAAGUCAAGAGUCGAGAGGAUCAGAUUGCCGAUUUGAAGCGUAGUGGUGGCAGCGGAGGCUCUCUGUCGCAGUCUGCCGCGGAUGGUACCCCGCAAAACGAAUCCGAGGUCUACGAUCUCCUGAUUAUUGGCGCGGGAGCUACAGGUGCAGGAAUAGCACUCGAUGCAGCGACGAGAGGAUUGAAGGUGGCGGUGGUGGAGAGAGACGAUUUCUCUAGCGGGACGAGCAGCAAGAGUACGAAGCUGGUGCAUGGUGGUGUCAGAUAUCUGGAGAAGGCGUUCUGGGAGUUGGAUUACAAUCAGUAUGCCUUGGUCAAGGAGGCAUUGAGGGAGAGAAAGUACUUCUUGGAUACUGCGCCACACUUGUCCAUGUGGCUGCCGAUUAUGCUGCCAUUGGAUAAGUGGUGGAAGGCACCAUAUUUUUGGUUAGGCACCAAGGCUUACGAUUUUUUGGCAGGGAGCGAGGGCAUUGAAACCUCUUAUUUUUUGACAAAGAGCAAGGCUUUGGAUGCUUUUCCUAUGCUGAAAAGGGACAAUUUGGUGGGUGCGUUGGUAUACUAUGAUGGAGCACACAAUGAUUCGCGGAUGAACGUGUCCCUAGCUAUGACUGCCGCGUUGUACGGAUGCACAGUCGUCAAUCACAUCGAAGUCACUGGACUCGAGAAAGAUGCAAAUGGAAAGCUCUGCGGAGCAACGGUCAGAGACAUCAUUCAAGACAAGAACGGUAAGAAAGCCGACGAGUUCACGAUCCGAGCCAAGGGCAUUAUCAAUGCCACCGGCCCCUUCACCGACGGGAUCAGAAAGUUCGAUGACGCCUCUGUAAAGGACAUCGUCGCCCCUAGCUCGGGCGUCCACGUUAUCCUGCCGGGUUACUACAGCCCCCAAAGGAUGGGUCUCAUCGACCCCAAGACCUCUGACGGACGUGUUAUCUUCUUCCUCCCGUGGCAAGGAAACACCAUCGCAGGCACCACCGACUCCCCCACCUCCAUCUCCCACAACCCCGUCGCCAAAGAAGAAGAAAUUGACUGGAUUCUGUCUGAGAUCCGUCGCUAUCUCGCUCCCGACAUCAACGUCCGUCGCGGCGACGUGCUAGCUGCCUGGUCCGGAAUUCGACCGCUCGUCAAAGACCCCAAUGCCAAAAACACCGAAUCUCUCGUCCGCAAUCAUCUUAUCAACGUCUCUCCUUCAGGUCUCCUGACUUGUGCAGGAGGAAAAUGGACGACCUACCGCCAAAUGGCCGAGGAAGCCGUCGACGAAGCCAUCAAAGUCUUUUCUCUCCAAACGAAACCCGUGCUCAACGCCCCCGACGUCUCCGGCACGGAACUUGUGGAUGAUGGCGCACGACUGAAUGGAACGUGCCAAACGCACCAAGUCAAACUCGUUGGAGCGCACGGCUUCUCCAAGACACUCUUUAUCAACCUGAUCCAGCAUUUUGGUGUCGAAACCGACAUUGCGAAACAUCUCACCGAGUCCUAUGGUGAUCGCGCGUGGACUGUCGCAGCGCUGAGUGCGCCCACUGAGCAAAGGUUCCCUGUGAGAGGCAAGAGGCUAAGCCCUCUGUAUCCGUUCAUUGAUGGGGAGGUGCGGUAUGCAGUUAGACAUGAGUAUGCACAGACGGCCGUCGAUGUAUUGGCGAGACGGACGAGAUUGGCGUUCCUGAAUGCGCAGGCUGCUUUAGAGGCGGCGCCCAAUGUGAUUGAUAUCAUGGCACAGGAGCUGAAGUGGGACUCUAAGAGGAAGGAGGUGGAGUGGGUUGACACGGUGAAAUUCCUCGAGUCAAUGGGCCUCCCCAAAUCUAAGCUCGCCGCUACCCGGAAACAAGUCGAAAGCGGCAAGAUGAGCUUCAAGGACUCGAUUGAGUAUAAGAUGUACUCGCGUCAUGACCAGCCGAACGACGAGCUCGAAAGUGAUGCGAAGGGGAACCCGGUCAUGAAGCCGGGGAGUGGUGCUGAGAAAUGA